CGUUUUUACGCGUCUCGUCAUCAUUCGUAUUCCUCGCUCCUACUCCGUCGACAACUCCCGGACUCUGUUGCUACCGCCGCCGCCGACGCCGCCGCCACCACUAUCAUCCGCCUGUCAUCGUCAAUGCCCGCGUUCGUACCGGUGAUAAUACCACGGUCGCCGUCUAUUGGCGUUAUCAUUGCGGAACAUUUCAAAUAGGUAAUCAAUAUUUAUCGUAAGAAUUCAAUUUUUUUUUUCACCGCUCACGAUUGAUUCGAAUGGCAAAUGCAGCGCAAUAGUGUUACGUUUGCCGUUCGCGUGAUGUUGUUCGCCAUGAUGGUUCGUUCGACUGUCACGGUCGCAUGACAAUGAAAUUCGGCUGACGAAACGUAUAUGCGUUGCGAUCUCGCGACAUAAGAUCAUUGGAUAUUCUCGAAGAGGUUUCAUUAAAACAUGGAGGCUGUUCGAAAAUUAACAAAUAUUAGGCCAGUGGCUCCAAUAAAUUUGGAUAUGAUAUUAAAUAAUUCUGUGAACUUAAAAACUAAACUACAGCUCAUAUCAAGAGUACAUGAUAAUCUUGAUCAAUUUGCCCAAAAUCAAGUUUAUUUUGAAAAUAUGAUUAUUAUUGUUCUUAAAAUGCUAUCUAAUACUGAUCCAGUUUUCACUCCAGAUCAUGAUGUUUUUAAAUUAAGAAAAUGUCUACUUCAAAUAAUUUAUAAAAUCUGUAGCAGCAGCGAGAAAAUUAAAAAUCAUGUUCAAAAUAUAAUGGAUGCAUGCUUGAAAGUUAUUGAAACGGAUAAUGAACAAUGUGUUAUGUACUGUGUAUUGAUCUUAAAAGAAUUAUUAACUUCUUUUAAACCAACAUUUGAUGGUUGUUUCAAAAUUCAGAUAAUCCAAUUUUUAAAAUUAAUUUUUGAUAUAUUUAAUAAUUCAUCAACUACAGAAAAAAUUUUUAACUUUCAAAAGACUUCUGAUUUAAAAGUAUUAAUCAAUACUAUACGUUUGACUACUACUAUUACAAAGAACAAUAUUAAUUAUGUAUUUAUACCUAUGGGAAAAUUAUCAUCUAAAAUUUUAAAAGAACUAGCUCUAAUAUUAAAAAUGUAUUAUGGAAUGUAUCAUGGUAUACAGUCUUUUAUGAAGGAAAUAAUAGAAAAUUUUCCGAUUCUUAUGAAUUUUUUCUGUUUAGACAUACCUUUUAAACCUGAUUACAGAGAUAUGGUAAUAGAUUUUAAGUUUGCUCAAAUUAGGUUAUUGGGUUUUUUUUCAUUAAUGAUAAAAGACCAUAAGGAUGAUAUAUUUCAACAUUGUUCUUCAUUUGCCAGUAAAGUUAUUAGUUUGUUGAACUGUAAUAUAUCAGCUGAUGUGAGCGGUCUGCGAAUAGAAUUGCUUUCUGGAUUUGAAUCUUUAAUACUUAUUGACUAUAAAUAUGAAUUUGUACCAUUUAUGGAUUCAUUUUUAGAUGAAACUUUAAUCACUGGUAGAAGUUGGUCUUUAAAAAAUGAAUUAAGAACUAGAGCAUAUAUAUACAUUGAUCAUCUUAUUACUUAUUUGCACAAUCGAUUAUCAUUGAAUUUUCUUGUGCGUGUAGUUCAUUUUCAUUUUUCUAAUAUGUUAGAUCCUACGCUUCAACCUGACGUUCAAAUAAAUCUUAUAAAUAUGGUUAUGAUUUCAUUAACACACAUAAUUCAAAAACAAAAUCAUUUAAUUACCAACUUAAAUACAAUUGAAAAGAAUAAGAACCCUCUAAUAGACAUAUUAUUUAGAGUAAUUCAGAUUUUUGUUAUCAAGUUAAAACAAUUUCAAAAGUUUUAUUUUCCUAAAUUAAAAAAUAUUUCUCAAGAAAAUAUGAAAGAAAGUAUUUCGUCAAUUGUAGCUGAAAAUGAAAAACCUACCAAGUUUGUUUAUGGAUAUCAUUUUUCACAAAUACCUCUAUAUACCGUUGCAGAUAGUCAACGAUUUGUCACAAUUAUCAUUUCAGCAUUUAGACAAAUAUUUCAAAUUAUUGUUAAAAUUGAAGGAAGGCAAUUUUCAAUAGAAUAUUAUAACAAGAAGUCAUUUAAAAUGUUUAUAAAACAUUCAUUGUCAUCAUUAAAAGUUUUUAGUUGUCCCAUUAAAAAAAAAUUGAUGAUUAAAGAAAUUCUUAGUGCUAUUUCAUGUAUUGAUCCCAUUUAUUUAAAACUACUGCUUCUCGAAAAUACCAUAGUUAAACUGAUCUAUACUAAUCAAUUAGAAGCAUUAGUACUUGACUUGGCAUUGAAUAAUGAUGUUUUGUUUCAAACUUUUAGUUGUGUUAUUUUUGAAUAUAUACUUAACAAUUUAUUGGUUGAAAUUGAAAAACAGUGUAUAUUUGAUUUGGUUAAAAGACUUCAAUCAAAUUUCAAAUAUAAUAAAAAUGAGAAAGUUACCUAUGAAUAUUUAUACAAAAUUAUUAAAAUGUUGUUAAACAUUAUACAAAAUACAAAAUAUCCUGUUUCUUAUCUGGAAAUACUAAAAACAAUACUCAAUAUUGUUGAAUCAAUUAAGUAUGAUUAUGAUGAAAAUAUGAAUACAGUACUUAAAUGUUUGUUUAAUGAUUUAUUUGUGUACCAUCAAAGUUUACCAGAAUCUUCAAUUGUUUUAAAAACGACUUUAGCAGAGUUAUGUUUAGCUGAAUGUGUAUUUAAAGUGGUGUUUCAAUCUCAAACAAUAAAUAUAUUGUCUGUUAUUGUAUAUUCAUUAUACAUACCUGAAUUAACUCCUCAAGGAUUUGGUAUUUUAGAAAAAUGCUUAAAUAUUUUACCAAAUUUUUUUGAUAAUGAAUCUGUUGUUCAUGUUAGAAAUGACAUCAGUAAAGGAUUGUGCCAUUGUUUAAGUAGUCCUAUUGAGUCAAUUUCACAACCAGCCAUUAAUUUACUUGGAAAGUUUGGGGGUUUCAAUAGAAGUGCAAUUGUGAAACCUUAUUAUCUUAAUGCUCAGAAACAAUUCAACAAUGUUUCUGAUAAACCUAAAUUAUAUGUAUCAUUUGAAGAAUAUAAUGAUCAAUCAAUAGAAAUUUAUAUUGCACCAGGUUUGGAUGCUGCAAUUGAAACAUUAAUGACAAAGUCUGAUAGAUUUCUUAGAGCCCACAGUUGGGAUGUCAUAAAAGGGUUCUUUACAUUAUCAAUGGAUUAUGAUAAUAAUAAUAUUAUUAAACUACUAUCAAACAUCAACUGGGAAACUUUUAGAAAAAUAUCAAAACUGGAAUUAAAUUAUAGUAAAACAUUUAUAGAUGAAACAUUUAUUAAAGCUUUAAUUGGAUUAUUAAUUUGCUGUAAUGAUGAAUACAUGAAAAUGGAUGCUAUUAAUUAUUUUAAUAUGUUCACCAAACGGUUUAUGCAUGUUUCUAUUUGUUACUUCUAUGAUAUUUCAUGUGGACGAUCUUUAGAAGUUCAUCCAUUCACUAUAUGUGAUGCCAUUUCUUUUAUAUUAUCAAAUGAAAAUGAAUCAGUUUCUGACUUUGGUGAAUUAGCAAUAGAAAUAGUUAUUGAUGAAUUGUGUAGUAUUUUAGGAUAUAAUAUGAUUAAUUACCCUCUUAUAACUUACAUGCUAAAACAAUUUUGUGAGUAUUGCUAUGACCCAAAUUGGAUUCGUAAACUUGGUGGUUGUUCUGGAAUCCACAUUUUGUUUUCAAAAAUAUUUAAGAAACAAUCUGAUGCAAAAGAAUAUUCCAAUUGGUUUAUUAAACAUUUUGUUGAUGCAUUUAGAGCUACACUGUUUAUAUUUUCUGAUUUGCGAGGAAAUUUAACAUUUGGUACCUUGGAUAUAGCGAGAAAAAAUUUGGACGCCAUGUUACACUGGUUUUACUUGAUUAAACCAUCCAAUUCAUUUCAACAUUACUUCCAGAAAACUAUUUUGAAAGAGCUUACUAAAAACAUAAUAAAUCCAAAUGAUAUACUAAGGGAACAAUCAAUAAAAUUGAUCUGCAUAAUAGCAGAAAAACAAAACCAAACUGUAUCGCAGAUUUUAACCCCAUUCUAUAAAUAUAUUAUAUCAGUAUUACCAGGAAAUAGAUUAUUUAAUACAUAUACUUUUAAAUCUCAAAUGGGCAUUAUGAAAGGGCAUAUAUUUUGUGCAUUUCAUUCUAUACCAGCAGAAAAUUUGGAUUUGUCUAAAACUACACAUAAAUAUUACUUUGAUAUAUUAUGUACAAUAUGUAGUGACAGUAUUAAACGAGUUUCUAAAAAUAAUAUGAUUAAAUGUUUAACAUUUGACGAGUUAGUUGAAUAUCGGCAAACAGCCUUGCAAGUUUUGGUUAAUUGCCUACAUUUUUUGAAGCAACAAGAUAAGAUAAAAGUAUUUCGAAUACUUUUGAAUGAACUAAAAAGUUCUAAUUUAAAAGUUCAAGAAGCAGCUUACCAGUGUUUAAAAUCAUGUAAUUCGAAAAUGUUGCUACAAUUAAAUAUGGUGGACAAAUUAAUAUUUUAUUAUACAGAUUUAUUUGAAGAUCAUGAUAAAAUAACCUUGGUAAAUAUUCGUUUUAUUUUGUUUUUAUCAAAAUUAUUUCCAUUGUGUCCAAAUUCAAAAUUAUGUACUGUAUUAUUAAAUGCAUUUAAAUAUAUAUGGAGUUAUCUUAAACAAUGCGAAAAUAGAACGUCCAAUGAUCAACUUAAAAUUGCAGAGAACAUAUUAAAAGUGAUUUGCUUUGUUAAAAAUUCACAGUUUUCUCAUAUUCAAGAGAUCUGUGAAAUUAUUUUGAAUGACGCGAUUAUAGACAUAGAAUUAUCUAAUCGAUUACAUCCACUGUUGACCAAUUGUUUACUUAAGUAUCCCGAAAAUAGUGUGGUAAUUUUUUUUCAAGAACGUCAUAUCAAGAAUUCAAUUUGGUGCUCAUUUUUUAAUUCAAUGUUACGGAAUGAACUUUGUAAACCCUUGAGAAAUGUGUUGAUAUCAAACUCUCUACGUCUCGAAACCUUAUUGAUGUCUUCAAAAAAUGACCCAACGAACACUAUUCAAUAUGAAAGUAUAAAAAUUGUUUAUAAUUUGGUGCACAUGGAAAAAAAAUGGAAAUGUUCAAAAAAAUUAAUCAGUUUAUUAUUAAAUAUAUGGACCAAUCCUCAAUAUAAAGAAAGAUUCAAAAAUUUAGCUAACAUAAAAUCAACAGAAUGGAAUGAGCCUAAAAUGUUAAUAAAAAUUGUAUUAGCAUAUUAUAAACAAAAUUUUGAUGAAGUCUUUAUACUAUUCCAAAUACUUCCAAUGUUUUCAAAUCGAUAUCCAUUUGAUAUAAAUUUUUUUAGAUUAUACUUAGAAAAUAGUGUAAUAAAGCCAUGCACUGUUAAAUGGACAAGAUUGGCUUUUUUUAAAUUUAUUGAUUUAUACCAUAAGAAAUCAGUAAAUUGUGAUAUAUUGGGAAGAAUACUUCAAUUCAUAGUACUACCAUGUUUUUCAUUGUGUAUUGAAAAUGGUCAGAGAGAGCAACUAUUAUGUUCAUUGACAAAAUCAGAAGAUAACAUAAUUUCAGUAAUCAUAAAUAAAGUUUUUCCCAAUAUUCGUAUGGUAUUAUCUGGAAGUGAUCAUGAUGGUCUUAAAGUAUUUUUGUGUCAAUUAAUAUGUAUAUUAAUUGAUGAUUUACUAAAUUUCAAUGAUACUGUUUGUGACCUCAUUUAUAAUUCUGUGAUAUCAUGUACAUGGAUUAGAUGUACAAUGGACUUAAAUGUUAAAUAUCACUGCUAUUUGAUUUUAACAUUUAUAAUGUUGUCUAAAAAUGCUGCAAAAAGAGAAAAACUGAACAAUGGUAUAUAUUACGAGCUCAUAAAAGCUAGUUUUGUGGAAGCCUUACCAGUUAUUAAUUAUUCAUUAGACUUAAUAGUUUCGACUGUUUAUGAUAAAAGUUCCACUGAUAUCCAUACAUUUGCUGUAUGUAUGAAAAAAAUUAUGUUGUCUGAUCCUCAAAAUGUACCAAUAUUAAGCCAUAUUUGUUCAUUUGUAAUGAAAUAUAAUACAUUGUUUUACCCAUGCAAACCAUAUUUAUUAAGAAAUCUCUUAGGAUCAUUAUUUCCUAUUGCAAAAAAUAAUAAUGUACCAGAUUACAAAAAAAUAGCCAUUGAUUUAUCUUGUAUGAUUAUUAAAUGGGAACUUACAGAAAAUGAUGGAAAUUUGAAAUUAAAACUUCAACAAAAACGCACAACUGAUGAUAUUCAAUCAACAGUGUCUCAAAAAAAAAAAUCAUCUGAAGCUAUUGAUAGUUGCCUGAAUUUUUUAGCAAUGGUUGGAUGUCAGACAUUUGAUGAUAAACCAGAGAGCAGAAUUAGUAAAUUGGCAUCACGCAGUGCAACAUUGUUUAAAACUAUAUUGUCCACAGAACCAAUUGAUACUAUAGAAGUAAAAUUAAAAUUUGGAUGGGUAGAAAAACUUUUAGAUACCUUUAUUAAAAAAGAGAAACUUGUCAAGCAAAAUCCAAAUGCACAUGGUAACACCAAUGCAAGUGUGAUGAAUGUAUUAACAACAUUUGAUUUAAUUUCGUUUAUGUUAAAUGUUCUAUCUCCUAAAUUAAUGUUAGAAGCUAUUAAACCUCUUCAAGAUCUACUAAUUCAAUUUCUACAAUUAUCACUCAAUGAAGAAUCUAAUAAUAUUCAUUCUAAUCAGAAGGAUAAUUUUAUUCAAAAUCGACUUACUGUAUCACAAAUAAGACAAUAUAAUGAAGGAACUAUAAAAGUAAUUUCUGAAAUUUUAAAAACCUUCUCCACAAAUGAUGGAUUAGAAAAAUUGCAUAUUUAUAUCCAAAUGAUUAUCUCAGAUGGCUUAAAUAGUAAUUGUCCCAUAAAAAUAGAUGCCAGCUUAUCACUAUUAAAAGUUUCAUUAAUACAUUUUUCGAAUUACAUGAAUAGUGAUAUAUUAAAUACUAUUGGAGAUAUAUUGUUUAAAUUUAAUGAAAAUAAUAAGAAUCCUUUGAUUAAAAUUAAAUGUUUGGAAAUACUUAAAACUCAUGUCGACACUUUACAACGUGGUGGGAAGCAAUUGUUUAUUGAAAAAGUUGUUAUGGAAUGUUUGGAUAAGGCAAGGGAUAUUGAAAACAAUAUUCCAUUUGAAGUACAAGUUAAAUGUUUUGAAAUUAUAAUUACUUAUAUAAAAGAUUUACCUGAAGCAACCGAAGGAAUAUUCUUAAAUAAAAUCAUUUUGGAGUAUAUAAAAACUACAACAGAUGAACGAAUUAUGAGGACAAUUUUAAAUGUGAUUAAAAAGUGGAUUGACAUUUGUAGAGAUGAAUCAGUAUUUUUCAACUGUCAAGUAAUUAAAAUUUUAAAAUGCAUCACUAUUCUUAAUCAUUUUCCAAAGUUUACAGAAACUUGUUAUGAAUUGAAUUUAGAAAUUUUCAAGAAUUGGAAUUUUAGCGAGUGUAUUGAGUAUGGCUUAGACUGUAAAUCUCCGUCAAUCAGAAACAAUUUUUUUGAUUUGUAUGAGAAAUUUUGGUGUAAAAAUGGAUUAUGUAUGAGAUUGUAUACAAUUGUGUCUGAUCAUUUAAAUUAUGAUUUAGAAUAUUCAAUUGCAUUAUAUGUUCAACUUUUAUUUGUAAAGAUAUCUAAAAAUAUGAAUCCCCAAGGAAAUUUUCGUUUGAUAGAUAAUAAGAAAUUACCUGACUUUAAUGAAUCUAUUUCCAUUUCGGAAGAAUGUAAUUCUUCAGAGUUGUGUCCAUUAGCAAGAAUUUCAAUGUUUAAUUGGUGUUCCGCUUUGGUACAGUUGAGUUUUGUUGAUUUUAAUCUAGCUAAACAUUUGUGGCUAUCAGUAUUUCCAGGCAUUUGGAAAUUAUUUAAUGAUGACCAAAGAACAUUAUUAUCUUCAAAAGCAGUUAAAUUCUUAGCAAACAGCAAAUUAAAAAAUAGUUUUAUGACAACAUUUUAUGAAGCGAUUAUUCUUUGCAAACCAAAAAUUGUUUUUGAACCGUACCAAAUGGUAUACAUUGGAAAAACAUAUAAUUUAUGGUAUUUAAUCAUUAAUGAAAUGGAAGAUAUAUGUGAAUAUUAUGAACACAAUAAAAAGAAUGAAGCUGUUGAAGGAAUUAUUCAGAUGUAUUCUAUGUUACAAGAAGAAGAUAUGUUAGAAAGUAUUUUUGAAAAUAUUAUUGAAUGCAAGGAUACUAAAAAAGCAUUUUCUCUUGAACAAUUAGGAUGUAUUGAAAUUGCUUCACAAAAGUAUAUUGAACUAUUGUUUUCUGAAAAACAGGUUGCUAUAAUGAACACAACCACGUCUCAUAUAAAAAAUGAUGAAUUUAAACGUAUUCGUCUCACUAAGUGUUUGAGAGAACUUAAUGAAUGGAAUUUAUUACAUGAAAUCAGAUUAGAUGGUACUAAUAUUUUGUUGAAUAUUGAACAUAGAUGGAAAAUAUCAAUUGAAAACUCGACUUGUAGUUAUAAUGAUUUAAAAUGGUAUUUAGAACAUAAACAAAAAAUUUGGCCAUCUUCAUUAAUUUGGAAGUAUCAUUUUUAUUUGGGUAUGUUCGGUUUAAAUGAAUUAGAUCAGCAAGUUACAUCUACAGUUCAAGAACAUGUUGAAAUUGCUAUUGAAGAUAUUGUUAAUAAGUGGAAAGUAUUACCUAAGCAUUUAUGUAAAGCCCAUAUUCCUUUACUUCAAGCAACUCAAUUGAUAGUUGAAAUACGAGAGGCUAAUAACAUCCAAAAUAGUUUUUUAAAUUCACCUCAAAAUAUUAAUAACACUGAAAUACUUAUUGGUAUUUGGAAUAAUAGAAAACCAUGGAUUGGAGAUAAUUUAAGUGUGUGGAAUGAUUUGAUUUCAUGGCGACAAACUUAUUAUUCUUUUUUAAAACAACGUCAUAAUUUAUCAAUGCGUUUCAUAAAAAAUGCUCAGGAUCAAUCAAAAUUAAUGUUUGGAGAUAUUGCAUUAAAACAGAAUAUACUUAAUGUAUGUAUCAAAACUCUAAAUAAAAUAGAUCUAAAGAAUGUUGAUACAUCCAAUUUGUUGUAUAGAAUGUACUUGGAAGGAAAAUAUGUACAGAAAUUGAAAAAAUAUAACGAAGAUUAUAGUGUUAUAGCAAAGUCCCUGGCAAACAAUGUUUUGAUGGAGGAUAUGAAACCAUUGUUUUUAGCAGUUAAAGGAAGUUUUUAUUACUACCGUGGUGAUGAACACAAUGCAUUUAAAUAUUUAUCCAACGCUUUUCAGAACGAAACGAAUGAAAAAUUUGAUUCUAUUGAAUGGCAAAAUGUCAUUGAAUAUAAUUAUAAUUCAUUAUUAGAAAGUAUUAAAAAAAAUAUUGGAAUUAACAAAACACCUUCAGAUGAAUAUGUAACAAUCAUAAACAAUAAUAAAAUAUUGGCAAAUUCUUGGGUUCAUUGGGGAACAUUGAUUCAGUUAUUUUUUUGCCAAAUGUCAAUUAAAGAUAUACAAAUUGCAUUAUUAGCUAUGAAAUGUUACAUUAUAGCAUCUAAAUUAAUUACUAAAAAAAAAUGUAAUGCUGUAGUGGCUAGAAUUUUAUGGCUUCUAAUAUACGAUGAUAAUAAUAAUAUAUUAUUGCGUACUCUUGAAAAAUGCAGGAUUAUGUUUUCUGAAAUAUGGCUUCCUCAAGUACUUAAUAUUUGUAUUGAAAAUAAUAAACCAGCCAUUGGUAAAAUUGUAUCAGAGAUUGGAAGUUUGUAUCCCCAACAAAUGUAUUUAAUAUUGAAAAGAAUGUAUUUAACUGAAAAAUUAAAUAAAACGGUAAUAUUUAUUACUUAUAAUACUGAAAAGAUAGAUAUGAAAAUCAAUAAAAUCAAACAAAUUAUGUUAUUGUUAAAAAAAAAAAAUUUUGGAUUCUUUCAAUUAGACUAUUUUGUAGAUCAGAUAAAAAAUUUGAAAGAAAGUUGGGAUGAAGAAUUACGUCGAAAUCUAUAUGAUUGUUUAUGUCGAAGUAAUGAUUAUGCAUUUAAAAAUAAAACUUUAGAUAUCCAGGUUCCAAGUGAAAUUUUAAAUUUAAUUGAAACUAUUAUAACAUGGUUAAAGACUCGUAAUGCAAACACAGUUAAAUUUGAAAAGACUUACUACUACGAGUACACCAAGAUACAGUUUCCAUUGGAUUUCAGCUUCACCUCAGUUCCUAGUAUCAAAUUUAUAGUAAAACUGCUGAAGAACUGGAUUAAAUAUUUAGAAAACAUAUCAACCUAUCCAUCAAAAUUUAUUCACCAAUUUCGAUGUUCUACUAUCCAUAAUUUUGAUUGGUCUGGGAUAAGACUUCCAUGUGACCAUUAUAUUGAAGAUUUUUUUAACACCGUAAUGAUUCACAAUUUUGGUGGUUAUGUAUAUCUAAAAGACAAAUGUGGCACUGUUGUCAAACAGAUAACAAUUCGUGGAACUGAUGGUCUGUUAUACGCCUAUAAUAUUUCGUGGAGUCAAUAUAUUGAGUCUGAAGAAAGAAUAUACCAGUUAUUCCAUAUAAUUAAUGAUUAUUUGCUUGAUUUUAAAGAAACAGCUAAAAGGUUUUUAAAAAUCUCAGUUCCAAAAACAUUUACAAUAUCACCACAAAUACGAAUGGUUGAAACUAAUAAAUCAUUAAUUUCUCUGCUCGAAAUAUAUAAAGAAAAUACUACAACUGAUUGGAUUAAUGAGGAUAUCGAAUUUUGGUUUUCAACAUUGAAAUAUUGUGUUAUGUUGGAGAGACCUAAUCCUUUGCAAACAUCAUUACUUAUAGUACAGAAACAAUAUUGUUCUGAUGAAUUAUUGAAAAAUUGGGUUUUAAUGAAAUAUCCGUCACCAUCAGAUUAUUGGACAUUUCGUAAAACUUUUAUUGAACAUUACUCGGUGCUUUGUUUUUUGGAAUAUGCAUUUAACUUAAUCAAAUUAAAACCUGAAAUGCUAUGUAUAGACAAAAAUAGCGGAGUGGCUGCAGUUUUAAAUUAUACAUUUUUUUUAAAUGAAGUUAACGGAAAAUUAGCUCAAAAUCAAAAUACACCUUUUCGAAUGACACCAAACAUAACAAAGUUUAUUACACCUUAUCGAAAAUAUCAAAUGAUAAAUUGCCUAACUGCAACUGGCCAAUGUUUGUUCCACAGUAUUGAUGAUAUAAGUGCUAAGCUUAAAUUAUUAUUAAAAGAUGAAUAUAUUGCUGCUUUCAAUGUUAAAAAUAAUCAAGGCCUUAUGGAUAAUAACCAAAAAACAAUUGAUGCAGUUGAACAUAAUUUUAAUCAUAUAUUGAAUAACUUUAAAGAUUUCGAACAUUUUUCAAUACAAAAUCAGAUUCCUAAUCUCUUAAGCAAAGCUAUACUUUCAGAUGUCUUAUGCUUUGAAAACCCUAAUUGGCGCCCAUGGUUAUAAUUAAGUUACUAUAAAAAUUACCAAUUAAUAAUUAUAAAAAUUUUAAAUUAUUUAUUGUCUUAUUAUUAUUA